CAUAUUGGCCAUUUAGAAUUUUCGCUGUGCACAAGUAAAAGCACUGCCCCAGAUAAGCCCGUACGGUUCUUGCAUCGUCUUCAUUUCCACUAAUUUUCACCGUCCUAGGGGUUUACCUAGGGUUUCUUAUCCACUGUGUCGCCCUUCCGUCCAUGGCCAAGCCAACGCGAGGCCGUCCCUCGCGGCCUUCAAGGUCCGCAUCUUCCUCCCGGUCCCGCUCCAAAUCACGGUCACGCUCUUACUCCGGUUCAGAUUCACGGUCUAGCUCUCGCUCCCGGUCAUUAUCCUCCCGUUCUCGUUCUCGCUCUCGAUCGUUCUCUUCGUCUUCAUCUCCUUCUCGCAGCCUCAGCUCUGGUAGUCGCAGUCCUCCUGCUCAGAGGAAGAGUCCUGCUGAAGUGCCUAAACGUGGUCGCACUCCGCCGCCACAGUCUAGAAAAACUUCUCCGCCUCCAAGGAAGACCUCUCCCAUUCGUGAGUCUCGUGUUCUUCAUGUUGAUGCCCUCAGCAGAAAUGUGCAUGAGGGCCAUUUAAAAGAAAUAUUCAGUAAUUUUGGUGAAGUUGUACAUGUGGAGCUGGCAAUGGACCGUACUGUUAAUCUUCCAAAAGGGUAUGGAUAUGUUGAAUUUAAGACAAGGGCUGCUGCUGAAAAGGCCCUACUGUACAUGGACGGGGCCCAGAUUGAUGGCAAUGUUGUUCGAGCAAGGUUCACAUUACCCCCACGACAGAAGGUUUCACCACCCCCAAAACCUGUUGCUGCUGCUCCAAAGCGAGAUGCUCCCAAAACUGAUAAUGCCAGUGCAGACAUUGAGAAGGAUGGACCAAAAAGGCAAAGAGAACCUUCUCCCCAUCGAAAACCUCCAACCUCACCACGAAGAAGAUCCCCUGUUGCUCGAAGAGGUGGAUCCCCUAGGCGUCUUCCAGAUUCUCCUCCUCGUCGACGGGCUGAUUCUCCUGUUCGUCGACGAGUGGGAUCUCCUUACCGUCAUGGGGAUACACCACCAAGAAGGAGACCAGCAUCCCCACCUAGAGGUCGUUCUUCAUCUCCACCAAGGCGUUACAGAUCCCCUGCAAGGGGUUCUCCCAGAAGGAUUCGUGGGAGUCCUGUGCGCAGACGUUCUCCUCCUCCUCCUCCAAGGCGACGCACACCUCCUAGAAGAGUCCGUAGUCCUCCAAGAAGGUCUCCACUUCGUCGACGUAGCCGCUCUCCUAUUCGCAGGCCUGCUCGCUCACGUUCAAGAUCACUUUCACCAAGGAGCAGAGGCCGAGGUCCAGCUGCAAGACGUGGGAGGUCAUCCUCCUAUUCUGGGUCGCCUAGUCCACGCAAGGUCACCCGCAGAAUAUCAAGGAGCCGCAGUCCUAGAAGGCCUUUGAGGGGAAGAAGCACCAGCAACAGCAGCAGCAGCAGCUCACCGCCUCGGAAGCCAUAGGUAAUAUUUGCUAUCCCUUAUCUUUUCCUCCUCGCUGCUUGUCUCUGAAAAAUGAGCUGGAUAUGUGUAAUAAGUAAGAUCUUUUUCAGCACAAAAAACUUUCGACUGCCUGUGAUGUAAUACAGUAGUAGGGUUCACACUGUUCUUCAGGUUUGUCUGUUUUGGUUCAUGGAGAAAAAGCUGUGUGGUACAGCGAUGUUACUAAGUUUUUGUGGAGAACCAUUUAAAUUACAGUUUGGUUAAUUUGUGUUGCAUUUUUGUAGAAUACUUGUUUUAGUUCCUUUCUUUAUAGUGGACAUAACUUCGUUAC